AUGGCUUUGAACAAUGGUGAAGUAAACGGCCAAGCUAAUGUCAAUGGUGGCGACGAGAACAGACGAGUACCGUCAUGGGCCGGAGCUGUAGCGUACGAGCCAAGUUUGAAGGAGGAAACUAGUGCUUUUGGUAAGUUUUAUAUAGUUUAAAAUGUUUCGUGUAGUAUUAGGUUAUAGGCUUUGUACAAUUAACUAUAUUAACUCUUUUUUACGCUUUAGUUUUAGCUUAAACUUUAGCUUAAGCGUUAUAAUUUUCUUUAGUUUUAAUAGCUUGGCUUCAACCUUAACCUUAAAUUGGCAUUAACCUUAAUUUUAGCCUUAUUUUUGCUUAGUUUGAUCCGGUUUAUUGUCAUAUUUUGUCCUAAAAGUAGACGCAACCUUAGACGUAGACUUGACUUUAGGUUUUCUUCGCUUUAGCCUUUGCAUUGGCCAUAAGUUUGUUUUCAAAUUUAGCUUUUAAAUUGCCUUAGCUCAUCUUUAGACAUUUUAGCCUUAGCCCUCCUUUAAGUUUUAAUCUUAACAUUUGUUUUAGGCAUAGUGUGUCUGUAGUAUUAAGUUAGCUUUAACUUUUUUUAAAACAACAAUUUAAACAAGUUUUUAUUUUAGGAAAAGUAGUCGCGUACGACCUGGAAAGGAUAGGCGAAGUGGACAAAACAUUGUAUAAAAGUUUGAAGCUUCAAAUUCAGAAGCUACUCGGCGACUCAAAAGCUGGCUUACUUUUACCAAAUGAAGAAACUUUUACUGACGACUCCACUAUUGUACUAGAGUAA